UUGAACCGUCGCGCGCGCCCGACGCGGGGCCAACGACGAUCCCUUCUCCGCCGAGACGUGACACGAGGUCCUCGUGCACGCGACGACGCUGACGUCGAGCCGUCGCAGAAAAGAAAAGUCUACCGUCGGCAACCAUCGCUUCGCGAUAAUUCACUUAGAUCGCCGUCGUCGAUCCGUCGACUCGUCCUCGUGCACGUUUCGACUUUCUCCUAUUACUACUCUUUACCCCCUUUAUCCGUCACGUUACCCAUUUUAUUCGCGAUCGCGAUCGAUCCGACACUUCGAUCGAUUCUACGUACCCUUCGUAAAGUGUCCCUCCUUUUUUUCUUUAAUAUUUCCCUUUUUCUUUUCUUUUUUUUCUUUUUCUUUUCUUUUUUUCCACAUUCGUGUCUAUCCGCGCGCGCGGUAACACGCAGAAAACGAGAUCUAGCGAGCAAAAGAAAGAGACAGACAAAAAGACAGACAGAGAGACAGGAGGGAGAGAGACAGAGAGAGAGAGAGAGAGAGAGAGAGAGGGAGAAAAACCGGGACAGAUAUAAAGACAGAACCAUUUUGCUGUGGAGGGGCGCGCGCGCGCGCGCGUGCAAUCACGUAUAGAUAGAGGGUGGGCCACGCGGCGGAUCGCGCGACUUUCGAAGGACGAAAUAUCGAGAUGCGUCGCGAUGAUUCCGCGUCCUGAGCGAACACCCUCGACGCGAUUACUAACAAACACGAUCGUACUCAUCUCGCCCGAUCGGGACUGUCGUCUCUACCCGAGCCGAGAUCGUCUUCUCUCUCUCUCUCUCUUCUUUUAUCGUGCGCGCGAACUCGCGCGACGAUGAAGAAGACGAUAAUAAACGCGACGAUUGCGAGGGUGACGAUGAUAAUGACGACGGCGACGACAACGACGAAGACGAAGACGACGACGAAGACGACGACGACGACGACGACGACGACGACGACGACGAAGACGACGAAGAUGAGACUACCGGUAAUUUCUUCGGUGGACGCGUCGACGUCUUGUUAUUGCUUCUAUCGGUGGUACAACGCGUCUUGAACGAUCGAACGAGACGUUCCCGAUACUUUCAAAGAAAAGAAAAUUUUAUCAGAGAGAAAGAAAACGAGAGAGAGAGAGAGAGAGGGAGAGAGAGAGAGAGAGAGAGAGAGAGAGAGAGAGAGAAAGAACAGAGAGAGAGAGAGAGAGAGGACGACGCGAGGGUAACGCGACGGGGUGGUUUCUCUCUCUCUUCGGGGUGACCGAGGCUUAGAACACCUCACCACCCCCGAGAAGAUCGUCAAGCAGCUCGGACGAUGUGGGCGUCUCUGCUUUUGGCCGGAUUCUUAAGCGGCUGGUGGGGCGCGUUCGCGUUAGCUGCGGCACCCCCCGCCAAUCGGAACACCCUCGAUGAAAGCGCGAAGCAUCGCCAAGCUUCAAGGACGACAGCCCUCGACACGGCACUACAGCCCAUUUUGCAUCCCCAAACGAAUUCGCGAAUCGACGUAAGUCCAUUGACGCGACGACCAAGACACUCGUCCUCCCAAGAAGCAUCUCCUCGGGAGAUUUCCUUGAAAGCCGCCGCAGAAGCCGCCGCAGCCUAUUAUCCCUAUCGUGAGGAAAUACCGACCGCCAACGACGGCCGGUUCUCGCGGUCGACCAAGCAACGUGGAAAGAAUCGCGGAAGGGCGGACUCUCCGCGCGAGCAAAGACGCGGAUGCAAGAUCAAGGGUACCUGUCGAGGUCAAAAUUGGUGUCCCGACAUGGACGUCGGUAAUAGAGCCUAUUUGGCACCCACAGUUUUCGAAGGAAAGGCCAGAAGCAUGUCCUCGGUUAGAAAGCCUGGAUCAAACUAUGCCGUUACCUUCGAGGUAAAGCACGUUUAUAAGAGUCAACCAGGUUUUCCACCGCUACAGAAAAACGAUAGCGUCAGGUUACACUUUCGCGACAAGUCCGCGCCCGGUAAAUCGACCGUAUGCGGAUACGAGGGCUACGACAACAAUGCCGCCGGCAAACAACAACAGCAACAACAACAACGAGGAGGAGGAGGAGGAGAUCAGAGUGGUGUGGUGCGCGCCAAUAUUAAGCGAGGUAAAGUGUAUCUAGUGUUUGUGAAUCGGGUUGGACCCAGAAACUUCACGAUCCUCGGUGAGCCGGUGAUUCGCAGCAAGAAGAACGAACAGGCGGUCCAGGCCGUCGUUCGACCGGACUACGUGCGAGAAGUUACGUUGUCCGAACUCAGGGACUCAAUAGCGAGGUUACGAGACAGAGUAAAGCUAGUAUGCAGAACGAGGGGAUCGCCGCCCCCAAGAGUACACUGGCUCAAAGACGGCAUACCACUACACCCAAGAAGAGGACUCAAAAUCCAACACAAAAGGCGGAGAUCGAAAAUCGUGAUAUCCUCCGCGAAGCCCGAAGACAGCGGCAGAUACGAGUGCAUUGCCGAGAGUACUUCAGGUCACCGGGCCUCCCUUGCGGCCCAACUUCUAGUCGCACACGAUACCAGAAUUCCGGAGACAACGACAGCGGCAUGGCUGAGGCAGGAGCAGCCCUGUCCAAUAGCAGGAGACUUUUGCAUGAACGGUGGUACCUGCCUAUUUUUUGAGACUGUCGGUGAACCAGCAUGCAGAUGCGCGGAAGGCUUCACGGGUCUACGGUGCGAGACGAAGGACGUCAUCAGCACCGGAAAUAUGGAUAAGUUUUCUUCGUUCGCCGAGGACGUGACGCUCGCCCGCUUCUAGCGCAUCUAGCGGCACUGUCAAGCUUGCACAUCAGGACAUUCAUCGUGUUUUGUUUUGUUGUAGCCUUACCCACAUUCCCUUCUCCAUUCCUACAAAGGUUCCUGCAUUCGCGUCUUCGUCUUCAACAAUCUUCUUGGGCUCUCCUAUCGUAUAUUACCAAGAACAUUCCUUACGAUUUUUAAUUAUUCAAGGAAACGAUUGUUCAUCGACAACCAUAGAUCGUCAUCUUCGUCACAUCAUUAUCUCUUGUUACAUCUCGUAUUAUUUACUUUCCUACUAUCCAUUCGUUUCUCCAAUUUUUUUCCUAUUACUACUACUACUACUACUACUACGACUACUACUACGACUACUACUACUAAUACUACGAGGUCAUUUUGAACGAAAGAGACAACAUAGAUAUUAUGUUUAUUUCGCAAAGGAGAGCCUCAGGAGACGAAGCGAGUCGCCGACCAACGUCGUUCUCGCGAAUCCCGCAUCCUGGACCGUCGUGAACCGAAAGAGCUAAAGGAAACGUCAGGGUGCAUACUUUUAGCUCGAAAGAGAUCCUCCUCGCAAAACUCCGAUCCGCAUCGAUCAACAUACGACAACGCAACGACGAUGACGACGACGACGACGACGACGACAAUGAUGUUUACUACGACAACGACGAGAUUCUGUCAUCGAAAUCAUCGUUAAUCAGAUUAUUCCUGUCGAAACGUGAAGUGAAGCUAUCGGAUCUGUGCGUCUACAGUCUGGAAGAGGAUCAAGAAAAAAAAAAAAAACAAAAAGAAAAAAGGAAAUGUGUAAUCGACUAGAUCGAAGAGUCAAAAAUAUCUGCGGUUCGAGUUGAAGCUUUGAAAAAGAAAAAAGAAAUAAAAAAAAGAAAUAAAGAAAAGAAGAGAAAAAGAAAAAAUAAGAAAAAAAGAGAAAAAGGAUACACGAAUGACGAUGUUAUCGAUCGUGGCCUAUUUUUUUAGAAAGGGGGUGAUAAAAAAGAAAUAACCGAGACCAACGAAAGCAUUAUUGCAACAACGAGUUAAUUCGAUUCGAUCGAUUCGAAUUACGUUUAUGGACGAUUUUUAGCUUUAUCACGCGAUCGAUUAUUGAAUUUAAAGAAAAGAAAAAAAAAAAAAAAUAAGAAAAAAAAUAAAAAAUAAAAACUCAUCGAUGAUACGUCAUUCUCAUGUGUAUACUUACUUUUUUCUUUUCUUUUUCUUUUCUUUUCUUUUCUUUUCUUUUUUUUUCUUUUUUUUUUUUCAUUCAGGAAGGAUCGAAAGGAAGAGCGACGUCUUCUUUCUUUGUAAAAAAAAAAAAAAAAAAGGAAAAAAAAGAAAAAAGCAUAGAAAAGAAAAAGGAAAAACAAAAAAAUUGUGAACGAAAGUAUGUCGAAUGUUCUUGAAAACGGGGGAAAAAAAAUGGGAAUGAGGAUGGAUUAUGGGAAAGGACGUGGGUACUACGAUUAGAAAAUAUAAAAGUAUCUGGCCAAAAGGCGUCGUCGUAAAUCUUAUUUUAGAACACGUGGAAAUUCGCGAGAAUAGAACACGUGGGCGAAAAAGAUUUCAUUUCACUAGAAAAAGAACGCGCCAAGGAUGAUCUUUGAAUCCAGUAAUAGGAUUUUUAGGAUCAGCACGUUCGUUCGAUACGAAAGGCGGUAUCUUUGAGGCGAACAUGUAAUCCAAAAGGCAAAGGGAAAAAAAAUUUGUAAAUCCUUUAUAGAACGUAAAACUCGAAUUAUAAUGACGAGAAUUAAAUAAAUAAAAAAAAAAGAAAAGAAACAAGAAAAGAAAAAAAAAAAAUUAAAAAAAAAAAUCAUUUCGUUGUCGAAGCGUUCAUUACGGAUAAUCGGAUGAAUUAAUUAAAAGGAACUUCUGUUCGUCGUUAAAAAGAAGAAAAAAUAAAUAAAUAAAUCGAAGAGUCGAAAAAAAAAUGGAAGAAAAAGAAGAAACAAAAGAAAUUGUGUUAACAAGGAUACGAUUUUAAUUUAAAUCACCUCGAAGAUCCGCCCUCGUCUCUUGUUGUAAGCGAAAUAAUUCAAAGUGCGAAGGAGAAGAUUCGAUCUAUCAUAAAAGCACGCUCCUUGACCGUUUUAAAGGAAAUUCUUCGAGCAUACUUUCGGUUUCGCUGACGCGUUCAGGACGCUCUUGUACAAAGUAUUCCUUAUAUCUCCUUGACCCGUUCCAGUGUCUCUUCUUGUGGGAUCGGAAACGCGAACGUCACGCAAAUCGUUGUUCUCGUCAAUCAAAAAAAAAAAAAAAAAAAAAAAAAAAAAAAAAAAAAGGGGGAAAAAAAUAAAAAAAAGAAGGAAGAAGAAAAAAGAGAAAAGAAGGAAAAAAAAAUAAAAAGAAGAAAAAAUGAAUAAAUAAAUAAAUAAAUAAAUAAAUGAAAGAAAGAACGAUGACGCAUUAACGAGAUAAAAAGUAAUAAUCAAAUUGUAAAUCUCAUAUAAUGCGAACAAAAUUUAUAAAUGAUCUUUUAACGUAGGUAUAUAUCUAAAUUAUGAUAACAUCGUUUUCGAAUGAUUGGAACAUUGUUGGGCGAACUAAUGAAGUCGUAAUUAUUUAAACAAACAAACAAACAAACAUCACCCGAACCAAACGCGUCAUGAUAAAAGAUUCAAUGGCCUAAAAACCGUAGUGAACCAGGUGGUUGUUACGGUACGUCGAUAAAUAUAUACCGGGUGCUCUCAAUUUAACGAGAUUCAACAACGAAUUCCAUUUGCGAUUUUAUCUCGGCUUGUGGCGAUUCGAUUCGACGACUUUCGAAUCGAGUUACGCUCUCGCUCAACACUUAUUCGAAUGGAAAAUUAGAAGCUUCCUUGUUCGAAGAGUUUAGUUCUCUAGUGCGAAUUGUACAACUCUGUCGGCACUUUUGAUAAGCUAUAUAUACCUACUUGCACCUUCCUAUAAAGGAAUCAAGAGUGAACUUAACGUGAAUAUUCGUGAUCAAAUUAAUACGUUAUUAUUCGAAGACGUUCUGUAUAGCGUGUUAUAAAAGUUUGCCUUUUAUCUUUAUAUUUGACGAUUGCGAAGGGAGGAUGAAAGAGAUAGGAAAAAGAGAAGAAAGGGAGAAAAAAAAGGGGUGCGGGGUGGUUGAAGGAGGGGGGGGAGGAGAACGUUAUUUGUGACGUUAAAAGAAAAACAAAGAAAACAAAAUAUAAUUAAAUAACAAAAAUAGAUGUACUUCCGCGUUUCUCGACCUACCACGAAGAGACACGCGCGCGUGCGCAAACUUUUUACAUUUUAGAUACGUACAGAGAGAAAGAGUGAGAAAGAAAAAAUGAAAGAGAGAGAGAGAGAGAGAGAGAGAGAGAGAGAGAAUCGCGUUAUAGAUAGUCGAUGAACGAACGUAGCGAAGGAAAGUGUUCCGACAUUCUCAAAAGCGUGAGAAGAAAUAAAAAAUAAAAAAAGAAAAAAAAGAAAAGACAAGAAAAAAAAGAAGGAAUAAAAAACGGACGAAGUACUUCGCGAACGUAGGAUAUUCUGAGAGAAAAGUUCAAGACGAAUAUUAAAAAUACCAAAUAAAAAAAAAAAAAAACCAAAAAUUAUUAAAAAAGAAAAAAAAAAAAGAAAUCGAUUAAGAUCGCCGUAGUAUAUGACAUGUCCGUGCAAGCUUACUAGUGCCGCCGUGCUUUUUCGUUAAAUUCCUUUGUCGCUCGUACCUAUCGAACGAUUCGUAUGAAAGUCGUCGUGAGUCAUCGACGACUCGUCGUUCCGUGUGUCAUCGACGUCGACGUCUUUUCAUUGCAAAAUAUAAAGAGAUAAAAAGAUAAAAAGGGAGAGAGAGUGAGAGAGAAAGAGAAGAAUAGAAGAAAAGAGGAAAAACAAGAGAACGAAAGUAAAAGUGAGAAGCCAUCUAUUUUCAAUAUUUUUCGCUUUGAUAAAAUGUCUUAUCGAUCGAUGAAUAUGAAAAAUAAAACAUACUCCUUCGUGUAUUCUCUGUAAUUGCAAAUUUCCCUUUUUAACUUAACUCUUCCCUAACUCGAAUAUUAAUUCUCAGACGACAAGAAUAAUGAACGAUCGUAGGAGCAAAAGGAAGUAAAAGAAGAAGAAGAAGAAGAAGAAGAAGAAGAGGAAGAAGAAGAAGAAAAAGGAGAGAGAGAAAAAGAAAGAAGAAAAAAGAAAGAACUUAAAAUUAUCUUAAUCGAGCCGAAAUAUUUUGCUAAAAAUCUCGAAAAGUUUUGAAGAUCGUCGAAGAUAUUUAGAAACGUUUAUUAAUACGUAUUUAUACAUAUAAGUAUUGUAGAAUAUUCAUGAUCGAUCUGUCGAUCGUUCGGUGUAUAAAUAAAAAUGAUAAGAUGAUAAAAAUUGUCCCGGCGGUAUAUAUAUAUAUAUAUAUAUAUGUAUAUAUACUACGUGAAAAUGACGUACGUGAUUUACCGGAACGACGAGUCUAGAGCAUAGCGAAUAAAUAAAGAAUGUAUUUUAUGAUAUUUUAUGCAUAAACAAGGGGAAAAAAAAAUCACGAUUGUAAGUCGAUAUAGCGAUAGUCCAAUAUAAAAUUUAAGUAGAAUUGUAUAAAGUGAAUAAGGAUAAAGGAAGGAGCAGAUAAAGAAGAGGGAGAGAGAGAGAGAGAGAGAGAGAGAGAGAGAGAGAGAGAGAAAGAGAGACAGACAGACAGAGAGAAAGAAAGAGAAAGAGAAAAAGAAAAAGAAAGAAAGACAGAGACAAUGUGUAAAACGUAUAGCAUCAUUCGAUCGUCGGCCAAAUCGAAAACUAUCGCGAUUUCUAUGGCAAAAUUCGAUGCUCGGAAUCGUACGAUUGACAGAACCGCAGGCCGGUGAUUCUACUUUCGGAAACGAUCGAAAAA